UCUGUAACGUUUAUACUACAGACAGUAUGGUCGUCUGCUGCAGGCGUUUAUACUACAGACAGUAUGGUCGUCUGCUGCAGGUGUUUAUACUAUAGACAGUACAGUCGUCUGCUGCAGGUGUUUAUACUACAGACAGUAUGGUCGUCUGCUGCACGAGUUUAUACUACAGACAGUACGGGCAUCUGCUGCAGGUGUUUAUACUACAGACAGUGCAGGUGUUUAUACUACAGACAGUACAGUUGUCUGCUGUUUAUACUACAGACAGUACAGUCGUCUGCUGCAGGUGUUUAUAUUACAGACAGUACAGGUGUUUAUACUACAGACAGUACAGUCGUCUGCUGCAGGUGUUUAUACUACAGAUAGUACAGUCGUCUGCUGCAGGUGUUUAUACUACAGACAGUACAGUCGUCUGCUGCAGGUGUUUAUAUUACAGACAGUACAGUCGUCUGCUGCAGGUGUUUAUAUUACAGACAGUACAGUCGUCUGCUGCAGGUGUUUAUACUACAGACAGUACAGUCGUCUGCUGCAGGUGUUUAUAUUACAGACUACAGUCGUCUGCUGCAGGUGUUUAUAUUACAGACAGUACAGGUGUUUAUACUACAGACAGUACAGGGGUUUAUACUACAGACAGUACAGUCAUCUGCUGCAGGUGUUUAUACUACAGACAGUACAGUCGUCUGCUGCAGGUGUUUAUACUACAGACAGUACAGUCGUCUGCUGCAGGUGUUUAUAUUACAGACAGUACAGGUGUUAUACUACAGACAGUGCAGUCGUCUGUUGCAGGUGUUGAUAUUACAGACAGUACAGUCGUCUGCUGCAGGUGUUUAUACUACAGACAGUAUGGUCAUCUGCUGCAGGCGUUUAUACUACAGACAGUGCAUGUGUUUAUACUACAGACAGUACAGUCGUCUGCUGCAGGUGUUUAUACUACAGACAGUACAGUCGUCUGCUGCAGGUGUUUAUACUACAGCAGGUGUUUAUACUACAGACAGUACAGUCAUCUGCUGCAGGUGUUUAUAUUACAGACUACAGGUGUCUGCUGCAGGUGCUUGUCUUCGAGUCGUGGUCGUCGUGUGUUCUAUGUGAUAUGUUCUAGGCAUAAAAUAAUCCUGUUGCAGUAUAAUUUUAUUAUAGCUGAAAUACUGGGUUGUGAAUAUUUGUUAAUUUCAACGGUUAGUUUUAUACCCACUUUCCAUAAAUGCAAUUCUGCGUGCUUAAUUGUGCAUGUUUCUGUGUGCAAAAAUAUUCAAAGUAUAUCUUCGUAUUACAUGAGAAGUAUUGCUCAAUCAUUGCAAUGACAACACACUUAAAGAAAAUGUUUUUAAAAUACUGAUUAGUCUACGGCCCGCUUUCCAUUGACAUGCUUUCACAUGCAGUUCAAUACAAGUUUAUUGAUAUGUGCAUAUGCACAGUACCUUUUUCAUAUUUUGGUUUUCGUGAGCAGGCAUUCAUUAUGUGGGGAGAAUGUUCAUCAGUGGGCAGUUUUCCCCACGCAAGUUUUUUAGUGAUUCAAUAACACAGUGUUUAAUUGCAGCUUAAAAGUACACAAUUUUGUAUAGCAAUCCACUUGCAAAAACACUGAUGUGAAUAUAGCUUGACAUGUAAGGAUGUUUGUUUUAUUUGCUCAUCAGUUUUACAUUCUUG